AUGGAGAGGGCGCUGAACCUGGCGAGCGAGGAUUUGUUCCACAAGAGCCUGAGCGCCUCGGCUAAGCGGAUGGAAUCGGCCUUCAGAGCCCCGCAGGGUCUGGACUUGUCCCAGCAGGGAGAGCGCUCGCCCCUACACUGCUAUGACGGCCCGGAUCCCGCGGAGCUGCUCCGGCACCACCACCAGACCACUUCUGCAGCGCUGAUGGCAGCCGGGGGAGUGGUGGGGAACACGGGGGAGUCUCUGGCGUUGGCCGCGGCCAGCAUGUGCGCUAAGUUCGGGGAGAGCUCGGGCAGGGGGUCGGUAGCGGAGAGCAGCGGGGGAGAGGAUCAGAGCCCAGAUGAUGACAGCGAUGGGCGCUGUGAGCUGGUGCUGAGGACUGGGGAGCUCCGGGCCUCCCAGGCGGGGGUCAAAUCCGACUCGUCCGGAGCUCCAGGAGGGGGCAAGAAAUCCAAAGAGCAGCGAGCCCUAAGGUUAAACAUCAACGCCCGGGAGCGGAGGCGAAUGCACGACCUGAACGAUGCCCUGGACGAGCUGAGGGCGGUUAUCCCCUACGCCCACAGCCCCUCGGUCCGGAAACUCUCCAAGAUCGCCACCCUGCUCCUGGCUAAGAACUACAUCCUCAUGCAAGCCCAGGCGCUGGAGGAGAUGAGGCGGCUGGUGGCUUAUCUGAACCAGGGCCAGGCGAUCUCUGCCGCCUCCAUACCCAGCACUGCUGCGGCUGCUGCUGUGGCCCUACACCCUGCACUGGGAGCCUACGAGCAGGCGGCAGCCACCGCGGGGUAUCCAUUCAGCACUGGGCUCCCGGGGGCCAGCGCCUGCCCUGACAAAUGUGCCAUAUUCAAUAGCAGUUUGUGCAAGCAGUGCACGGAAAAGCCUUAA